AACAUAAACACAACAACAGCAGAAGCAGCAGCCAGCCUUGUGCACACGCAGUUAGCUCGCCUCCUACUCCGUUUUCCUUUCGUUUAGCUUUAUGCAAGCCUCCCCCAUGUCUUGUAUUUUCCUCAUGAGACUUCAAACUCGAGGCACUUAGCCCGUUUUGCACGAUCGGUGUGCGGACAGUGAAAUCUGCGAGAAAGAUUAAACUCAGAAGUGCGCUUUGUCGGGCCUUCGCUUUGCAGAGGUUGCCCUCUGCAGCAUAAUCACGUAGAGGAUGGCUGAGGCAGACGGCAAAUCCACAGCGCUUAACGGUGGGACAGAAGAUAAAGAGCCAGACGAGGAUCAACACAAAGAUGGAGGUGCCUCAGGAAGCAAAGAGGGACAAACACAGGCUUCUAUUACAGAUGAUCCAUCAGAAACGGGAGAGGGCUCGGGGGACAAACCGAUGGCCGACGCGGAGGGAGAAGAUGGCAACAACAACAACAACGGAGAAGCUGACGAAGAGGACACGGACAGUAUGGACGGCAGCGGACUGUACUCCCUAACAGAGGACGGGGAGAGGGAGAGCGAGGGGGGCAGGAGGGAGCGGACCAGAGCUAAAGACACUGCAAAAAGAGCUGCCCGAAAGAGGAACCGGCCAGGAGGAGGCGCCAACCACUCCUCAAGCUCUGAUGAGGAUGACGACGAUGAUGAUGAAGAAGAGGAUGAAGACCAGAAAGAUGAUGAUGAUGAUGACGACGAUGAAGAGAUGGAGGCGUGGCUGGGGGCGGAGCUUCGGGACAUGCGCGGUCCGGUGUGGAGAGCCGUGCCCUCCAUCCGCUCCAGGGAGAUCGGACGGGACGCGGGCCAGUUUGUGAGGCGCGUGUGCGGGGCUCGGGGGCUGGUGCAGAGGCUGGAGCUGCAGGGCAAACUGGAAAGGCACGCCGGAUGUGUCAACACACUGCACUUUAACCCCUCGGGCACACGGCUGGCAUCGGGCAGCGACGACCUCAGGGUGAUCAUCUGGGACUGGGCGGUCAAACGCGCAGAGCUGGAGUUCGACAGUGGGCACAAGAGCAACGUCUUUCAGGCCAAGUUCCUGCCCCACAGCGGAGACUCGACUCUGGCCAUGUGCGCUCGGGACGGACAGAUCCGAGUGGCCGAGCUCUCAGCAACACAGCGCUGCAAAAACACCAAACGAGUAGCACAGCACAAGGGGGCUGCACACAAGUUGGCCCUUGAGCCAGACUCCCCCUGCUCUUUCCUGUCGGCUGGAGAGGACGCAGUUGUGUUCGGUAUUGACCUGCGUCUAGACCGGCCCGCCAAUAAAUUAGUGGUUGUAAAGGAGGGAGACAAAAAAGUAGGACUGUACACAAUCUUUGUAAACCCGGCAACAACGCAUCACUUUGCUGUUGGUGGUAGAGACCAGUACGUCAGGAUCUAUGACCAGAGGAAGAUCAAUGAAAAUGACAAUAACGGCGUUCUAAAAAAGUUUUGCCCCUCACACCUGGUAUCAAGCGAGUCCAAAACCAACAUAACAUGCCUAGUGUACAGUCAUGAUGGCACAGAGCUCCUGGCUAGUUACAAUGAUGAGGACAUUUAUUUAUUUGACUCAAACCACAGUGAUGGGGCCGACUACCUCAGACGAUAUAAGGGACAUCGCAAUAAUGCAACAGUGAAGGGGGUGAACUUCUACGGCCCCUGCAGUGAGUUUGUGGUCAGUGGCAGUGACUGUGGACACAUUUACCUUUGGGACAAAUACUCAGCGCGCAUCGUUCAGUUUAUGGAGGGCGACAGAGGAGGAGUGGUUAACUGCUUGGAGCCACACCCACACCUCCCCGGUUUGGCCACCAGCGGCUUAGACCACGACAUCAAACUGUGGGCCCCCACAGCAGAAGCCCCUACCACACUCAAAGGACUCAAAGAGUUGAUGAAGAAAAACAAACGUGAACGAGACGAGGACAGCGUUCGCCAUGGAGACCAGUACGACACCCAACUGUGGUUCCUGAUGAGACACAUGAGGAACAGGCGACCGCAGAGAGCCCGUCGUGAAGGCGCAGACCCAGACACAGACGAAUCCUGGAGCUCUCCGGACUCAUCAGACGAAGAGGAGGGCGGACCGGACCAUGUGCAGUGCAUGUCCUCCUGAGCCACAUUCAAACACUCACACUGCAAAAUAAUAACUGCACAAGUUUAAAAUACCUGAUUUCAGAAUAUUCAUCUUGAUUUUAGAUGACUAUAAAAAGAUGGUUUAUAUAUUAGUCAUAAAGUUUUUCUAAAUCCUAAUUUAAAGGGCUCAUAUUACGCAAUUUUCUGGUCUAUGUUUCGAUGUUGUUUCCUCAUCAAAAACACACUGAGUUGCGCUUUUGUUUCAUUCACACAUGUUUAACACACAUACUUACACUCUGUUUGGGAGGGUUCCUCUCCCAAACACUCUGUUUCACCUUGUGAUGUCAUGUGGUGAUACAGGGAGUGCUCCAAUGUUUUUAAACUCCAUACACCUUCACUAGCAUCAUGUGUGUAAAUUCAGCUCUGGAAUUGCGCAUGUCUACUGAACAAAUGGUAAAAGGUGUAGCUGAAAACUUGAAAACUACUACUUCAUGACAUCACAAGGUUGAACUGAGCAUUUUGAGCUUUAUUAGACUGCAUAAAGCCUAAUAACCCAGGAUUCAAACAUGUGUGAAUUUAAAAAAGCACUACUUCAGGUAUGUUUUUGAUGAAAUAACAAUAUUCUAACAUGGCUGAAAGCUCAAGAGAGUCAUUUUUGCGUAAUAUAGGACCUUUUAAUGUACAGUAUCUAACUUUCCGAAGAUGGCACAUCACCUACAUUAUUCCAUCGAAACACAAGAUUAAAACAUUCUUGCAAUUAUACCAUGCAAGUUUCUCAGUUCAAUAAACAACCAAAAUCAACCAAAACCAGCUUUUAUUGUAAUCUAUUUAUCUAUCUUACUAGGAGAUACAUCUAAACUAAAAAUGCUCAAAUCAAUAUUCUGAAUUAGUUAUUGUAACUUGUGUAUAAUGAAUCGCAGUGCACAUACAAGCAUAGCAUUACAUUCAAAACACUUGUGCAUCAGUUCAAGGGCAAAUAGACACAUACUAUUGCUACAGGCACAUACAGACACAUACAGUUUUUUACACAGAUCUAUAUUUACAUACAGGAUCAGAAGGACAUGCUCUCGUCGUCUUUUCACCAAGUGUGGAAAAAAAAAUCUAUAUUAAUGACGAAUUUAACUUUUCCUGUUAAAAAUGGUUCCCAAAAACUACCCGGAAGUCCUGUUUUCAUCCAUACAAGAUCAAGUAUCCCAGAUUGAACUUCUGUAUCGUCAUGGGUAACCGCGGUAACAUUAGAUGCCCUUUAGUAAGCUAAAAAACACCAGCAUACUAGAUAUGAAAUGAUGGAAAAGGGAGUUAAAAAGAUCGACUGUGUAACUUUUCUGGUGGAGGGUCGGUCACUUGCUUGCUGUCUGUGGAAAAGUUAUUGCUAUGAGUGAAAUGUUCCACAGUAUGGUAUACAAGCAGGUGAUUCCACUAGGCCAAGGUCCGUGGAGAGGUGACCCUGCUCACAGUCGAAAUAUUUUUCAAGGUAUUUUUGAUCAAUGAAAAUGCCUACAAUGUAAUCAGUGCAAAAUAUGAUAAGUUUAAUGCCGUAUUGUGGAACAUACAAGGCAAAGCAGUAACAUCUCCAUGACAAGAAAGCAUACGCUCCACCAGAAAAGUUAAAUAAUGUCUUUUAAAAGAAAGAUUUAAACCCAAAAUGUGACUUGGAAAUAUUUUAAACUUCAAGAGGGUCUAUCUUAUGUUUCUGGUCUUGUACUGGUCUCUUCUUGGUCCUGGUUCGGAGCUUGGCAUUUCUGAAAAUCUAUGGACUAUUUAAUCACGAAAUGCUGCGCCUGCCCUCACCUGCUCCUCUGUGCACUUGAAUCAGGGAUGAUCUAGUUUUGAGACAGACUUAAAAGUGCACUAUUUGUUUUGUUUUUUUGCUUGUUAAACUUCAGUGAUUUCAUUUUUUUUCCAAGCAGAGGGAAAUUUUGGUGGGUUUUGACGACUGAACUCCUGCUGUCUUUUGGAAAAUGGAUUCUUGCUUCCACCAGCCUCCCCCUCCUCCCUCCUCUCUCCUCCCUCUCACAUCCAACGGGUUUAAGCCAGUUCACCGUGUGGCGUGAACCUGAAAAUGUAGACGGGAGCGCUUUUGUUGCUAAUGAAAAAUCGCAGCUGUAUUGUUGAAAUGAGGAGGUUCUGAGCCCGACUCGACCUGGAUUAAAUGAAAGCACUGCCCACGACUCAAAGAUCGGAGUGACUUAAUAAUGCACUUAUUUUCUGAAGGUUGAAUGUGCAAUUUUCACUUCAGAAAAACCAGGUCAGCUCCAGAGUUUGGGCUCAGUACAGGAGGCCGGUCUGCGUGCUUGCCAGUCAAUUGUUGUGUGAGAGCGAUUAAGUCCAGCUUUUCUCAUUUUCUAUGAGAACUCUAGUUAGAAUUUAUAUGUACAUAUAAAUGUAUAUUAAACUGUAAAAAUGACUUAGCAAAUGCUAUUUGACUUGAAAUGUCAACAUUUGAUUGGUAAUGAUGCAGAGGUUUAUAUUAUAUAUGAGGACAAAGUACUUUUAAAACAGAAAAGUCAUCAUUUCUGUCAAUUUGUUUUGGUGACAUCUGUUAAGAACAGAGCUGUCAAAGUAUUAUACAUUUGAGUCUCUUCCUUGUUAAAGACAAGACAAAAACAUAUUUCCUUUUCAGAUCUAAGCCAUAAUUUGUGACAAUUGUAUCCAGAUCAAACACAGCAUUUUUGACAUCUUGUACACACCACCAUCGUCUAAUACUCCAUCUAUAAGUUUGGUUGGAAAUAUGUACGAUUUGUGCAAUAAACUAAAAGAUUGUG